CUGUGCGCCUGCUGUCAAAAACCCAUAACAUAAAAACAAAAAAAUAAAGAAAAGAGAAGAUUCCCUCUUCUCCACCAUCUUCCUUUUCGCCCUUUUCCCCAAACCCUCAUAUUCCUUUUUUCCACCUCCACCAUGCCUUAACCCAUAUCAAUUUCCGAUGGGUUGCGCCACCUCCAAGCUCGACGACUUACCCGCCGUCGCUCUCUGCCGCGACCGCUGCUCUUUUCUCGAUGAAGCCGUACGGCACCGUUUCGCCUUCGCCGAAGCCCAUGCUGCUUAUCUUCUCUCUCUCAAGUCCGUCGGCGUUUCCUUGGACCGCUUUUUCAACCAAGAUCUCGACCCUUCUUCAUCCCUCAACCUCCCCCCGCCGCAGGGGAAGGGGGCUUCCUCUCCGCCCAAAAUUCAGCACCAUCUCCACUCCCACUCCAACUCCGGUUCUCAUCUCCACUUUCAUUCCGGCUCCGACGACGACGACUCCGGUUCUGAUUCCUUGCCUCAUCAUCAUGACGACAGCUCGCCGGUUCAUCACCAGCACCCCUACGGCGGCGGCUACAUGCCUGAUUACGGGAAUCCCAAUCUCAAUUUCCCUGGCGGCGGCGGCGGAGGGGGGUUUAUGAAUAUGAGUUAUAUGAAGAAACAAACGACGGCGUCUGUAGUGUACACACAACGGCCUAUGAGUCUAGAAACCAUGCAUAUGGGUGAAUCUUCCGCUUCCUCUUCUUCCUAUUAUCCUAAUUAUCCCAAUUACCUCACUAACACUAAUCAGAAUAACGGUUAUCAAAGCUACGGUGCCGGAGGUGGAUAUGGUUCUUCUUAUCCACCACCACCGGCGGUCGUGUCAAGUUCGAAACUGCCUCCAGCUCCGCCCUCACCUCCAAGAAGCUCCACGUGGGAGUUUCUAAACCCAUUCGAGACCUUUGAGAAGUAUUACCCUGCUUACACUCCAACCCAAGACUCGAGGGAGGUGAGAGAGGAAGAAGGUAUACCCGAUUUGGAGGAUGAUGGCGGCAACGAGGUGGUGAAAAAAGAAUUUCACGGCGAUCGGAAGCUUAUGGAUGGUGGUGGAAGAAGCAGCCACUCAAAGGCGGCAGCAUCCGAAGAGGUUGCUGAGGUGGCAAAAAAUGAUUCUGAAUUGCAGCACAUGGUGUAUAAGAAUGUGGUGGAUGUUGAGGAGAGGCCGAAAGAGCGUGGAUUUAAGGCCCGUGGUGGAUUAAAGGGAGAUAUUGAAGUUGUGAAAGAGAUUCAAGUUCAAUUCGACCGCGCUUCGGAAUCUGGAACCGAGCUUGCUAAGUUUCUUGAAGUUGGGAAACUUCCAUAUAAAUGGAAACACAGCAGCCAUCAUGUUCCUUCAAAGAUAUUCCAUUUGCCUUGGAUAUCUAAAAGCUCCGGUAAUGGUGAUCAUGUCAUCUUAGAUGUCGAUUACGAUGUUGAGUUGCGGUCUAAAAAUCUUUCUUCCACUCUACAUAAGCUCUAUCUCUGGGAGAAAAAACUGUACGAAGAAGUUAAGGCAGAGGAGAAAAUGAGAGUUCUCCAUGAAAGGAAGUCCAAAAAAAUCAAGAAUAUGGAUGAAAGGGGCGCCGAGGCUAACAAAGUCAACGCAACCAGAACAUUAGUCAGAAGUCUUUCCACGAAAAUGAAUAUCGCAAUUCAAGUAGUCGAUAAGAUCUCAGUCAAGAUAAAUAACUUGAGGGAUGACGAAUUAUGGCCACAGCUAAACGAAUUCAUUCAAGGGUUAACUAGAAUGUGGAAAUCGAUGCUCGAGUGCCAUCACAAUCAAUGCCAAGCAAUCGGAGAAGCCAAACUUUUAGACACAAUAGCAUUCCGAAAGCAUUUUAGUGAUUCCCAUUUCGAAGCCACACGCCAGCUGGAACAUGAUCUCGUUAAUUGGACACUAAAAUUCUCGUAUUGGAUUUCCGCACAAAAGAGUUACGUACGAGCAUUGAACAACUGGCUUAUGAAGUGUCUUCUCUAUGUUCCGGAAGAAACAUCAGACGGGAUAGUUCCAUUCUCUCCUAGUAGAAUCGGUGCUCCUCAAGUGUUUGUUGUCUGUAAUCAUUGGUCACAAUCAUUGGACAGAAUGUCUGAAAAGGAAGCGGUCGAUUCUAUGAGAGGCUUUGCUUCGAAUGUGCUUCAGCUGUGGGACCGGGAUAAGGCGGAGAUGCGUCAGAGAAUGUUGUCGGAAAAAGACGAGAGAAAAAUAAAGAGUUUGGAUAAGGACGACCACAAGAUGCAAAAGGAGAUUCAGACAUUAGACAAGAGAAUGAUAACGAUGUCUUCUUCGGUUGUGUACCAGAGCGAGACAACAACAACUAAAGGAGGGAGUUUACAGGGUAGUCUUCAACGUGUUCUUGAAGAAAUGGGGAAAUUUACUGCUAAUUCGCUGAAAGUUUACGAGGAGUUAUUGCAAGUUAUUGAAGAGGAUCAUCAUAUUAGACACGAGAAUGACAAAGUUUCUUAGUUUUCGAUUUUGUUUUACUUACCAUUAUUUUUUUUUUUUUUUGGUGAUGAGAUAUCUAUAGAGAAUAAUAAAUAAAGGAUGCUGCUUUAUGACACAAGUCAUGUAAGUUGUGAUAGUAAUGUUAGGCCAUGUAAAGUUACUAGUGCACUAGUUUUUAUGUACUUUGUUACAUUGACAUUUUUGUAUAC